UUAAACUCAGAUAAACCUUCAGCAACGCCCCUCAUUCCCUUCACGUUACACACACAGCUUCUCCCGAGAUCGAGGACAAUGGCGUUGCUGGAAGCUCAACCAGUUCUGGCCACCACCAACGUCUUUCAACAUGGAGACAUAGAAUGCCAGCCACUCCACGUUGAUCCCUCGAGCACUUCCUCGCCCCCAAAACCAUUACUAAUCUUCACGCCAAUCGUGGCCGCCAAAUACCCAGUAAUCUUGUUUUGCCAUGGCUUCUGCCUUGCUACCAGCGGCUACUCUAAUCUCUUCAACCACAUAGCCUCUCAUGGAUACGUUGUUGUUGCUCCUCAGUUCUGUCUUAACUGCGAAUGGAUGCCCAUGAUGUCAUAUUGUGAGGUUAAGUGUGCGGGAGAUGUGGCGGACUGGGUAGCCGAAAAGCUUCAGUCAGUGCUUCCUGAGAACGUAAUACCAAAUCUGGAUCAAUUUGUGAUGGCAGGGCAUAGUAAGGGUGGGAAUACAGCAUUUGCAGUAGCGCUCGGGCAUGCCAAGACGAAGCUCAACAUUUCAGCGCUGGUAGGCGUAGACCCCGUAGGUGGGCUUAAUAAGUAUUGCAAAACGUAUCCUUGGAUCCUCAAGGGCCAGGCCGGGUCUUUCAAGCUAACCAUGCCCGUAGCUAUAAUCGGAACUGGUUUGGGCCCAGAAAAAGCCGAUUAUUGCUGUUCACAACCCUGUGCGCCUGAGGGCGUGAAUCAUGAGAAUUUCUUCUUCGAGAGCAAUCCGCCCUGUGCUUAUUUUGUAGCCAAGGAGUAUGGUCACAUGGACAUGUUAGAUGACAGUCUGGGAGUGAUUGGGAAAGUGGCGAGCUGUUUGUGUAAGAACGGGACGGGUGCUAAGGACUGCAUGAGAAGAACGGUCGGUGGCUUAAUCGUCGCCUUCUUGAGGGCUCAUUUGGAUCUGCGCACUCACGAUCUGGACGCCAUUGUUGCCAACCCUAGUCUUGCUCCUGCCACGCUCCAUCCUGCUAAGUAUAUAAAAGCACCCUGAAAUUCUCUCGUCUCGUUUCAAAUUUGUGUCCAAGUUUAAAUUCCUAAGCUUUGAAUAUGAAAUAUUUAAAAUUUUACUAUCCGGGGCCUCCUAGCUUGGUGGUGUCUUUUUCCACAAGACUUCAGGUGCACUUUGCAAUUAGGAAGCUUCAAGUACCACGCUAUAACUUCAGCACUAUUUCUGUAUUUUGUGAAUGACACGCUGUGAAGCAUCUGUAGAUCUUAGAGUAAUUCAAAACCUUCGAUUUCUGUUGUCCUCUGCCUUUGUUGGACAAAAAGAUACACGCAACAAAAGAGAACCUGGAUAUACUGCAAUGUUGCAAUAAUUCAGGUAGGAUGAGAUCACAUUUUUAGGUCCCUUUUAAAAAAAAAAAAAAAUUCUUUGGAGUAAGUUUGUUGUCCAUAUUUUUUCCUUCAAAUAAGCUAAUGCUUAUGCUUAAGUUUUUCAAGUGUUGCAAUAUGUUUUCGGACUUUCAAGGAGUUUGUCCGGCACUUUCUGCCAUGCUGAUGGCCCUACAUGGUCCAUUAUAUUAUGACAAAUUAAUAACGACAACAAUGAUGCAGUUACCAACGUUUUGGUCUAAAUGGUAACUUUGCAGGGACCCCAUCUUUUUGUGCGACCUGUGUUGAUCUUCAC